AUGAUAAUAUCCGUGGAGAGAUCGAGAAAGAGUGAUCAUGACAAUAUCCGAGAUGUGGCCGCGAUAGCCCAGCGGGUCAGAGCGCCGGCCAGGAAACCUGAGGUGAAGAUCCGAGGUACAGGCGUCGACCCUCCUGUGAUGGUUUGUGUUUCUGGAAUGGACCUGUCUAUGCUGUCGUGGUUAUCAAGGUCCAGGUCUCCACCCACUCGAGGUCGUAGCAGGAGUCGGGAGAGGAAGAGGUCACGAAGUCGGGAGAGGAAGAGGUCACGAAGUCGGGAGAGGAAGAGGUCACGAAGUCGGGAGAGGAAGAGGUCACGAAGUCGGGAGAGGAAGAGGUCACGAAGUCGGGAGGAAGAGGUCACGAAGUCGGGAGAGGAAGAGGUCACGAAGUCGGGAGAGGAAGAGGUCACGAAGUCGGGAGCGAAGGUCCCGGGAGAGGAAGAGGUCACGAAGUCGGGAGAGGAAGAGGUCACGAAGCUGGGAGCGAAGGUCCUCAUCUUGUGGCCGUGA